UCUCCACCCCUCGCUUUGGUCUUUCAUCAUAACUCCGGGCCAGGCAGGCAGAUUUUGCAAUGUGUGCGCUCCCGUCAGGAGGCUCCAGGAGCAGUUCACACAGGGAGCAAGUGCCAAGUGUCUAGGGCCUGAGCCAAGGAAGCAGAGACCCAGGGUGCAAGGGGCUGGGAGCAGGGCUUCCUCCCCGGGGACUAUGGAGCUGAGAUCCCCUGGCAGCAGGACAGGUCUCUCCACUGGGCUCUUUCUCCUGCUUUGUGCUUUCCUGCCUCCUGAGACACCUGGGAAAGAAGUGAAUCUCCUGGACACAAGCACUGCACAGAGUGAACUGGGCUGGCUUCCGGAUCCUCCAGAAACAGGGUGGAGUGAGGUGCAGCAGAUGAUCAACAGUACCCCCAUCUAUAUGUACCAAGACUGCAACGUGCUCUCGGAGGGCGACACUAAUCACUGGCUCCGGACCAACUGGAUCUACCGGGGUGAGGCAGCCUCCCGCAUCUACGUGGAGCUAAAGUUCACUGUGCGUGACUGCAAGAGCUUCAAGGGUGAGGUAGUGACCUGCAAAGAGACCUUCAAUCUCUACUAUAUGGAGUCAGAGCAGGACGUCGGCAUCCAGUUCCGUCGUCCCCUGUUCACCAAGGUCAACACACUGGCAGCAGAUCGGAGUUUCACAAGUCGGGACAUUAAGUCAGGCAUUAUGCAGCUGAAUGUGGAAGUGUGCCCCAUACGGAAGCUGUCUCGGCGCGGAUUCUACCUGGCUUUCCAGAACUCUGGGGCCUGUGUGGCUCUGGUCUCUGUCCGGGUAUAUUACAAGACCUGCCCAGAAACAGUGGUGGGACUGGCCCACUUUCCAGAGACACUGGCAGGCUCAGAGGGGCUGACAGAGGUGCCAGGGGUCUGUGUAGAGGACGCAGCCGAAGAAGCAGGUUUCCCACCCAGGAUGCAUUGCAGUGCUGAUGGGGAGUGGCUGGUGCCAAUGGGCCAGUGCCUGUGUGCUGUUGGGUUUGAGGAGGCUGACAGAAGCUGUGUAGCCUGCCAGCGAGGAUUCUACCGUCACUCCCCAGAGACUGAGCACUGCCUCAAGUGCCCCCCAAACAGCUCAUCCAGUGCUACAGGGGCCACAGCCUGUCCCUGCAACCUGGGCUUCUACCGGGCACCCACUGAGAGUCAAAGUGUUGCCUGCACUCGCCCCCCUUCUAGUCCCCGCAAUGUCAGCUUCUCCCUGGUGGGGACGCAACUCUCUCUCUGGUGGCAGCCACCCAGCGACCAUGGUGGGCGUAAGGAUCUGACCUACAGCGUCUCAUGCCAGCGCUGCUCUGUCCUGGCAUGUGAGCCAUGUGAGGCUAGCGUGGUCUUCUCCCCCAGUGCCUCAGGCCUCAACAAUACAUCCAUAGAUGUGAAUGGUCUAGAGGCUUAUACCAACUACAGCUUCACUGUGAUGGCACGUAAUGGUGUCUCAGAAGUCAGCCCUUUCCCCCAGCGGGCCUCCCCUGCCAUCUGGGUCUCUGUCGGGCAUGCAGCUCCAGUAACAGUGUCCCACCUGACUCUCACCCAACGUGACGACAACAGCCUGUCUGUGUCUUGGCCAGCCCCACGACACCGCAGCCGGAGCUCAGUGCAGUACGAGGUCAUGUACUUUGAGAAGGGAGAAGAUGCACACUACACAGUGAAGCAAUUCCAUGAACCCAAUGUGACCCUGAGGGACCUGCAGCCGGACACAGCCUAUCUGCUCCGUGUGCGCUCCAUCACACCCCUAGGCCCUGGCCCCUUCUCCCAGGAACAGGAGUUUCGCACCCUCCCGCCAGACACGGGGGCUCCAUCUGGCGGGGUGCUUGUCUCCAUUGUCUUUGGAAUCCUACUGUUUAUUGGACUGGUUGUGGGAAUCUUCAUCUUCACACAAAGGAAAGCCCGUUGUCACCAAGCACGGCCAGACUAUGACAUCUCAGCCUUCGACCGAGGGGAGUUCGGGGAGGUCUAUCGUGGCACCCUGCGCCUGCCAGGGAAGGAGCGUAUUGUGGUUGCUAUCAAGACCCUGAAGUCAACAUAUUCGGACUCUCAGUGGUGGAAUUUUCUGCGUGAGGCAACAAUCAUGGGCCAGUUCAAUCACCACAACAUCGUGCACCUGGAGGGGGUCGUCACCAAGCGGAAGCCAAUGAUGAUCAUCACUGAGUAUAUGGAGAAUGGUGCCCUGGACACGUUCCUCCGGGAAAACGAGGAGAAGUUCAGCUCUGUACAGCUGGUGGUUAUGCUACAAGGCAUUGCCUCAGGCAUGACCUACCUUUCAGACCGCAACUAUGUGCACCGGGACCUGGCUGCCCGCAACAUCCUGGUAACUCACAGCCUGCAGUGCAAAGUGUCUGACUUUGGCCUGUCCCGGAUAUUGGAAAACGAUGUGGAGGGGACGUACGAAACUAAGGGCGGGAAGAUCCCCAUCCGCUGGACAGCACCUGAAGCCAUUGCCCAUCGGAUCUUCACUUCAGCCAGCGACGUCUGGAGUUACGGCAUUGUCAUGUGGGAGGUGCUGUCCUUUGGGGACAAGCCCUAUGGAGACAUGACCAAUCAGGAGGUGAUGAAGAGCAUAGAGGAUGGGUACCGACUCCCACCCCCUGUGGACUGCCCAUCCAUCCUCUAUGAGCUCAUGAAAGGCUGCUGGUCGCACGAUCGCAUGCGACGGCCCCGCUUCCAGGAGAUCCAGGGCCAGCUAGAACACUUCAUCUCCAGCCCCCAUUUACUCCGAUCUGUUGCAGACUUCGACCCCAGGGUGACGCUGCGGCUCCCCAGCUGCAGUGGGUCUGACGGGAUCCCUUAUCAGUCAAUCCCAGAGUGGCUGGAAUCCAUCCGCAUGAAGCGGUAUAUCAUCAACUUCCGCACUGCUGGCUUGGACACCAUGGAAUCCAUCCUGGAGCUCACUACUGAGGACUUGAAAAAGAUGGGGGUGUCGCUUCCAGGCCACCAGAAGAGGAUUCUCUGUAGCAUCCAGGGCUUCAAGGAGUGACCAGGCCUCAGGCCCUCAAGCUACCAACAUUCCCAAGCCUAUUGGGUAUCACUUGGAGCCAUUCCCAUGGCAGUUGUUUCCAAGAAGAGAGACUGAGGUGAUCAAAGCAACUAACAGGACAAAAAGAACUCUCCUGCAAAACCUGCCUCCUCUGCUCUGCCUGCUCCAUCCAUGUGUGUGUCUGCACCGAGGUUGCAGGGUGCUGUACAUACACCAGAGCCAGGACACCGUUCUCAGCUCCAACACUUGACAUUCUCUGUACGAUAUUCUGUGCAGCACUGAAAUAGCCCCUGCAGCACAGACUGAGGCCUGAGUGGUACAGAGGGGGAAAUCUUUAGGGAUGCACAGGCACAUGGAGUGACGCCCCUGUUGAGAGACAAGAGCUGAAGAGAAGAAUCUCUAGGGAACCUACACAGUGGCUGGGGCAACAGAAAGUCCCAUCUCUGCUUUCCCCGCUACCACCUUUGUAGCAUAUGUUCCCCAUUGCUGCAACAGUGCAUCUGCCUUCCCGAUUUGAUUGUUAUGGUGGAAGCAGGUACAAGAAGCUGCAGAGAUCAGGGUAAGGAUUCUUCUUAACUUUCUUUGCAGCGAGUAUAUCUGGCAAUAAUGCUAAGUAACGAUAUACUUCUUCCCCCACUAUACACCGCCCCCUCCUCCCUGUGAGGGAGGAAAGAGCCUGAAAAAGAAGGAAAUAGGGUACCCUGCUCUUGCUCAUGUGCGUCCCAGUUUCUUUCAUGAGACAGAACCAAGGUUAAUGCUGAAGCAAGGCUAUUCCCACCCCACCAUGUGUGGCCUGUAUUUCCCCUUCUCCUGUCACCUGUUUUCUCCUGCAGCCUGUUCCAAACAUGCUGCAAGGGGGAGAUUGUUCCUGUGUGGAAGAAAAUAUGGAAUUUUAAAGUCUCAGUGCUCAGGGGGAAGGCACGGUGGCCUGUAACUUUUUUUGUAAAUAAACUCGUGGCAGAGGUGGGGGCUCUGUAGCUUUCCUUGACUAGUAUGUGGGGACUAUAUGGCGCUUUCCUGCAGUAGUGGCCAGAUGCAGGGGGAGCUUUGUAAGGGCCAGCUAUGCUGGGCAUAGGCUCUCUCUUGCCACACUGCUCAAACCUGAGCUGGCUUAUACCUUCUCCUGUUCCCCAACAGGCACUCAACCCUAGGAGUCCCUCACACUGGUGGGGCUGGAUUUGCUGCUGUAUCUAUUAAUACUGCGCCACUUUUGUUGGCCCUGGGGAUCUCCCAGCUCCAGCCCAAACUGGCUGCCCUGGCACUGUAAGAUCUGACAGAUAUCAGCCAUGCAAGCACUCAAGUGAAGCCCAUGUAGGCACUCCCAGCUGCUGCUGUGAAAAUGACACUCCUGUCAACCCUGCAGCCACACUGCACGAGAGACCCUGUUCAAGGGAGACAGACACCAGAAUGUCAAAUCCUUCCCAGGAAAACUCCUACCCCCACUGAAGCUCAUUUUAAUUACAGUAGUGAAAAACAAUGCAGGUUGCUGAACAGGAGCCCUUUCCAGACACCAUUACUCCUGGCUUUGUGUUUAGCAGACAGUCUUUCCCCUUCCCUCAGAUUAGUUCUGCAGCUGAUCACAAAAAAAGAAAAGUUAUCUGAACUGCAUGAUAUCACACCACAUGCUGCUGAUCUGCUCACAUAAGGCCCCCAGUCCUUAUUAGUGCUGCAGGAAAUCUGAUUGCUCUUGGCAAGGACAUGAGGAAGAGGGCUGCUGACCCAGGGUGCUAGUGGCACAUGGGCCAUGGAGAGAGGAACAAAAGUGCUGUAUGCUACAGGAAGAGAUGUUGAGAACUCAAGCUAGACUUUUGCCUUCCACGUCCAUGCAGAAUGAAAGGCAAUAAGAGGGUGCAGGCCUCUAUCUGGAACAGCCAUUGUUAAAGCUUUCAUCAGUUUUUAUGCAGCAGUGUUAAGUCUUGCUGAUUUUCAACUAGGGCAGUUUGACCUUAUUGACCUAAAACUAAACAUUUGUCUUAAUAAACUGGAACAUAGCCGGCUGAUGAGAUAACCUCCUUGAUGUA